GGGGGGAGGGGGGUCCCCGGGGAGCCAGGCCAAGUUGGUGGGCGGGCGUUUGAAGCCAAUGACGGGAGCCCCUCCCUCCCCCGUCGCCUCCGGGAUGAGGAGUCCCAAGAGAGCGCGCUGAUUGGGCCACCGCCCUUCCUCCCCCUCCUCCUCCUCCUCCUGCCACUUGAUUGGCCGGCAGGGUGUCGAUAUGUCAUUUUGGUGCAGAUAUGUCUAAAAAUGCACGCACACCCUGCAGGCACCAAUGACCUGGUGCAAAACAAUUUUUGGGUCAUGGUGGGGUGGCCGCCCAUGGCAGGGGGGGGGGCAUCCAACUCAGGUUUUGCCCAGGGCUCCAGUUUGCCUCCCCCAGUAAAGAUUUUGGGGCAUGCAAAUUUUAUACUGGGGAUAUGAUGAGCCGGGGGGGGGGGGGGGGACACAGUGGGAGGAGGCUCUGCUGUUGAGUGCUGUGCAAAAGGUAUUCUCUGCCAUGGGUGACUUGGGUCCCAAGUGCAUGGUGUCACCUGCACGGCUUAACAUGCGAUCAGGAAAAAAGGGGCGCGGGGGGGGGGGGGGGAAGAAGCAGAAGCAGAAACAACAAAACAUUCUGCUCCCAGGAUACACCUGUGUUACACCCAAAGGCAAUACUAAACCCAUCUACCACCAGGGACCAGCACUACUACUACUACUACUACUACUACUACUACUACUACAACUACAGAAAACUGGCCUCAAACAAAAUUCAAGGCGAGUGACGAUGGAGAGACAAUCGGGCAUUGUCCAUUCUGCCAGCGUCUCUUUAUGAUCUUGCUCCUUAAAGGAGUACCCUUUACUCUCACCACAGUGGAUACCAAAAGGUCCUUGGAUGUGCUGAAAGAUUUUGCCCCAGGAGCUCAACUCCCUGUGCUACUGUAUGAUGGUGAACCCAAAACGGACACUAACAAAAUUGAAGAGUUUCUGGAGGAGACCUUGGGAUCUCCAAGUUUCCCAAGCCUGGUACCCAAGUAUAAAGAGUCCAGCAUUGCUGGAAAUGAUGUUUUCCACAGAUUCUCAGCUUAUAUUAAGAAUCCAGUACCUGCCCAGGAUGAAGCUCUGCAGAAGAACCUUCUCAAAGCCUUGCUUAAGCUGGACAGGUACUUGGACACACCCUUGGAGUAUGAGUUGGUGCGGGAUCCUGAGCUCACAGUCUCUCGGAGGCGGUUUCUGGAUGGUGAUGAGAUGACCCUUGCUGACUGCAGCCUCUUACCGAAGCUCAAUAUUGUUAACGUUGUAUGCCAGCACUAUCGACAGUAUGGUAUCCCCAAGGAGUUGCAUGGCCUGUGGCGGUACCUGAACCGUGCUGCCGAGGAGAGGGAGUUUAAAUACACUUGCCCCAACACUGAGGAGAUUGUGCAGGCUUACCGUGCUGUGGUCAGGCCGAUCGAGUAAACCUGAGGUGCUGUGCUGGUGUUGGCCUGACAAGAUGGUCAACAUCCACCUCUCAACCUACCCUGCAGACUAGCUUUACUCCCCUUCCUCCACACCAGAAGAAUUACCAAACAGACUGCUAUAGACAGAAAGGGGCCCUGGUUAAACGCUACCUGCCCCAGGUGACCCCGAACACUUUGGGUAACAAGAUGGUCUUUCAUCCUGUCCUUCAACGGAGACAGCCACAGUGGCAGCUGGUGGUCAUGGGAAGGGCAGCUUUGGAGCUGAAUGCCACUGGUUGAUGGCCUUAUGAUAUCCAUUUCUGUGCUUCUGGGUGCCUGUUUUUUUGUUCCUGUGACUCUCCAGAUGGCUCUUACUGUAAUUGUGAAGCAGCAGAGCUGCUGAGAUCCUCCUAACCCAAUACUUUUGGGUUCAAACACAGUGACCGAGGGUGGAGCUUUCAUCUAUGUCUGUAUUUGUGAAUAUUCCACUGUGCCCUUUGGCAGUAUUGCUGUCUGUUUAUGAGGCUGCUUACCCCUUGCUCCCCAAUGGUUCAUUCGAAGCCCUAGCAUGACGUUAGUUCAGAAGCAAUUUCAGAUUGCUCUGGUUUGGCCAGUCUUUGAUGGCCAGAUUGGGAGGUGAAAGUUGGCUCAUAUUUGAGGUAAGCGGUGUAUUUUGGAUGGUUUCCUAUAUUGUGAUUAUGUUGUUAUUAACCCAGUUCUGAUGUUAUCCAGCCUGAGCAUGAUAGAAGUUGGGAUUUUUCCCUCCUAAAAUGUGGGUGGGACAGGAGAGGCAUGACAACCAACUUGACUGUAGUUUCUGUCAGACAUUAACCUGCCAGGAGCCAACAACUGAGUUCGAUCAACACCUUUACUCACUACACUCUUUAAAGCUUGUGUGUGGUGUGGAUUUUACCUUUGCCACAAACUUAUGAGAUGACUUAGAUGGAGGCUCUUUUCUCUCAGAUUGUCAUCCAUAACAGAGAAAAGCCACGAUUACAUUACUGUGAGGUAGGGAAGUUAUUGCAACAGCUAGAACAAGAGUGCACAAUUCCAGUAGUUAAUAGGUCAGAAAGAAUAAAUCUUGACUGGAACUAAACAGGAUGUAUUAUGAAAGUAUGGUAUCGUCAAGCUUUGCCUCAUGAAUUUUAGGGCGUUGGCAGCACUUAAGACUUAAAACAGAUGAGAGGAAAAUCAUCUGUCAUCCUUUCCUGUAGAUAAUUUAUGGCCUCUAUGAACAAGAAAAGGAGGGGUUUAAUCCUUGCUCUGUUUUACUGUUCAGAAUGUGUUUGUUUAAUUGUUUAAGAGGAAAAAUAUCCUGAAAGGUGGGACUUAUCAACAGCUUGCUUAAGAUUUGCAGCCCAUCAGGGGUGUGGAGUUGAAUGCCUGCUUGCUGAGUCACUCAAUUGGCAGUGGGGCUACAGGUCACACUACAUGUCUUGGUGGACUAAAUUUAGACAUUGGGUCAUACGUGUUGCUUCCAGCGACAAGAAAGAAAUAGUGGAAAGGGCUAUCUGCCAUACCGUUUUGAAAAACCAACCAACAUUAAAACUACUUGCAUGUAGCAAAGUAGGAUAUUAGGGAGAAAAAUUCAAACCUA